UUUAUGUCAAUGUGAUUUCGUAAGUUAGUCACGCGUCUUUUUUUGAAGCAGUCUAGAUGGUUAAGAUAAAAACAUGUACAUUAAAAUAAUAUUUUGAGCCUAUUGGAAUUUACUGACAAAAUAAAACUUUUUGUAAGUAAUUAUGAACGACGACAAAAAUUCAGUUUUUAUCGAUAUAAAACAGUCAAUAAAUUAUACUGAAAAGCUAUUGUAUUCUACGAAGAAGAAAAUGAUAAAACAAACAAAAAAUACUCCAAAGAAACCUUCAGAAUCAGCAAUAAAAAAAUAUAUUUUACCUGGAAGCAAACCUUUGGACGUAAAAAAUUUUAAAAGGGCAGAUUUCCUUUUGCCCUGUAAAUUAUUUACUAAGAGUCAAGAAAAGGAAAGGCUUCGAAAGCGAUUAGCAAUUAAAGCUGAUGAGGAAUAUAAAAUUAUAAGCACUGAUAUGCAGAAUCGUUUGCAUGUUAUUUCAUCACCAAAUGGCGUUCGCGCCAUAACAGACGUGGAUAAGGACUUCUACAGGUAUUUCGAUGUUCGCCCUAUGUAUAAUUAUGCACCUCUUUACAAAUCUUUCAAAUGUUUGCUGAGCAAACUUAUAAGAAUUAAACAGGAAAUAGGGUAUAGAAAAGAUAAUAUAUUAAAUAUCGAAGUUAAUCAUAACAAAGAACUAAAGAUGUAUAACGAAACCGCGAAGAGAUGUACAGAGCAAGCUAAAUAUUUUGAUACUUUUAUUUCCGAUGAUUAUCAACAGUCUAUGGCUUGUUUAAAUAAAUGGAACGACUUGGCAGUAAAACUAAAUGAAAAGGUGUUAGAAAUGCAAUGUUUGGCUGGAGAAAUAUUUACAACAAAGUCUCGAUUAGUGGGAUUAGAUUAUAUGUAUGGCCUUCAGCAAAAAUACGGAAGAUUUUUAUAUUACUUAUCACCUCCUUCCUGGCGUGCUAAACACAGAGAAUUUGCUCGAUCUGUUGAAAUAGAAGCAAAGGGCUUUGAUUUUGGAAUGUCCAACGAAGAUGACGCUUUUAAUGUUAUAUUCGAAAAAAUGAAACGAGAGUGCUCUAGCGGGUUAGUUAGACCUCCGUUAUAUUUUGAAGAUGCAGCUGACUUGAUGACCAUUUUUGACACCAUAGGGAAACAACAGCAGUACCAUUUUACACAAGUAGGGCAAGUAGCCCCACACGCGAAGAGUUUAAUGGAAGGUAUUAAAAUUUUGAAAGAGUUAAUUGCCCAAGACAGCAUUAGUAUUAACAAUACAAUUAAGAAUUUUGAAACUAUUCUGAAUUUUGAUGAAGAAAGAAGUGCUCAGCUGGAGUUUUCGUUUUUUAAACUGGUGUACGGUUCGUUUUACAAUAGUGUUGGUGCUCCAGAAGUACUGGAACUUCAAUUACAUUUAAAUUUUUGUUAUGAGAAAGUAUUUUCCGAGAAACCUAUGAGCAUGGACAUAGUGACAGUAGCAAGAGCAUUGGAAUCUUGCUACCUGGACUAUAACAAGCGGUUAGACGCAUUACAAAGUGGUAAAAUUAAAAUGGCUGUAUUAAAAUGUAUAGAAAUUGAACGCCAUAAAUUUAAGAGAGCUAAAGUAGCAGCUAGAGAAUUGAGAAAUUUUAGUAGGUUAGAAAGAAAUUUGCGUCGCGCUUGCGAACCUCCAGUAAGUAGUCGUUCAGCAGUAGUCCCAGUCGUCAAAAGAGUAGAUAAUAAAAAAAUGAGGGAUCAGAAAAUAAAAGCCAAGGCUGUUACUAAACAAUAUAAUAUAACGGAUUCGGAAAAGGAAUAUUUAACUUUAUUUACUGACUGGACAGAAAACGAGGAUCCAGCAAACUAUUUACGAGAUUUUACUGAUUCAAAGGAAUAAGAGUGUACGUCAUUUUAUGAUUUUAUCUAUAUUAUGUUAUUUAAAUUAAACGCUUUUAAAUAUUGAAAA